AUUUUUAUUAAAUUGCGAAGAUAUGUGAUUUAUUCAUAAAUUAAAGUUGGUGCGUAUGUCGAUAUAGCGCCGCUGGUGUAGUGGUAUCAUGCAAGAUUCCCAUUCUUGCGACCCGGGUUCGAUUCCCGGGCGGCGCACCUUUUUUUAUUUAGUAUUAUCAUUCCCGGCUGGUGUACCGUUUUUAUCCAUACAAUAACGCUUUUUGAAUCCUUAUCUGAAUAAUUAAUGUAUCAAUUCGACUUGCUGUUUUCGCAAUAAAAACCCAAAUUAGAACUGUCGUCGUCACCUUUGAUACGUGGCGUGCUCUGAGUAGCGACUGCGUGUACGUCAUUCAUCAUCAAAAAGUAAUCAAUACAGAUAAUGAACGUAAUUGUUAAAGAGUUUUAUAUCAACUUUACAUUAAGUCAUUUAAAAUGCAUUCUAAACAUGCACCAUACACCCUGCAGGAAUCAUGUGUCGUGGUAACGAGCAUCGCCUGGUAACUACGCUUACAACCCAAACAAGCCAGUCCAAAUGUCUGAGUCUCCGAGAUCGCCAGCUCGCCAGCCGGCGUGUAAGAAUGCGGACGAGCCUUGUGGCAUGUGCCCAUCCUGCCUCUUUCGCGGCCCUCGAACAAGCAGGCCCUCGCCCUCGCCACUGAAUCUGUGGAAGAUUUCGGACGAGUCCCGCCGGAGUUUCGUUGUGGGGCUGCUGGUGCGGUGCGGGAGCGUGCCGGUGCUGGAGAACAUCCAGAGCUCGCUGCGCCUCACCUCGUGGAACUUGCUCAGCUUUGCACCAACCAAGGGCAAGACUUUGCCGGAGCUUUACGCGCGGCUCGACUGCAAGACGCGUCCGUCGCCCUUGAUCCGCGAGAUCUGGGAAUGGUUCGACAUAAGCCCGGAAUGGGUCCAGACGCGUUACCUUUGCCUGUUGCUGCUGCAGUGCGACCCGGAGCUGCUGAGUAUGGCCAAUAAUCUCAUCGGUGUGGUGCUGACCAGGCUUCAGCGACAGCUGGACGUGAAAAGUUCCACCAGUAAACAAAGCAACUCAGCCAGCAAAGAUGGCUCCACUAAGGAUGCCAUUUUUCCUGUUCUUCCGGUUCCUCCCGGAUCCUCAAAGUAUUUGUUAGGAUUCAGCAGACCCCGAGACUUCAUUGGCGGCCUUCCCACCGAGCUGUCCAAGAGGAUUUUGGGGCUGCUCGACGAGGGGAUGCUGAAGCGUUGCAUGAAGGUUUGUAAGCACUGGAAGCACCUGGCGGGGGAGACGAUGGAGGAGAUACGUUUCAGGAAGCUCUACCAGGAGCAGGUGGAAGCCAUGAUGAAGCGCUAUAAAGGCGUUCAUAUGGUCAGCCCUUCUUACGCCAGGAUGGUGGACGUCGCGGUGCCGGCCGAGGACCACGAGAGCGGGGAAGUGAAGGCGUCACACAUGUGGCCCUUUGAAGCGGCCUACAAGAACAUCAAAACCAGGACGGUGCGAAUGGAGGAGCGCAACAUUUACUGCGGCGCGUAUUUCACGUCUGUGCUGAUUGACAGUGAAGACCCCCACCGCGUGGUGGAUUACAAAGGCGGGCCCAUGCUGAGCUCGGCGUCCAAAGACCGCGCUGUGCGUUUACUGUACGUGGGGACCGCAACCAAGCAGGUGGGUCUGAUGAAGGGCCACGUGGGCAGCAUCCGUGUCGUCCUGCUUUGCCCCGAGCGCCACCUGGUCAUCACGGCGAGCUGCGACACCAGCAUCAGGUGUUGGAGCGUGAGGACGGACCAGUGUGUGUUGGUGUUAUAUGGUCACUCCAGCAUGAUUAACUGCCUUGACAUCCACGCUGAUAGACUGGUGUCAGGUGCCAAGGACUGCACCGCCAAAGUGUGGAGUCUGCAGACCGAGAAGCACCUGGAGGACUUUAACUUCAAGCACCGCAGUUCUGUGCGCUGCGUGAAGAUCAACGCCACCGCCGUGUUCAGUAGCUGUGACCGUGGAGUCGUCAAGCUGUGGGAUGCCGAGAACGCUUCGCUGCUCAGGGUGAUCGACGCCCACAACAGCGCCGUGCGAUGCAUGUUUGUAGACGAGUGGCACCUCCUGUCCGCCGACACCAACGGUCAGGUGAUGGCCUGGAGCAGCAGAUGUGAAACCAAAGGAUGCCUCAUGACCGUCAGUCAUCCAAAGGAGGUCAAGUCUCUGACACUGGCUUACCUUCGAGUGGUCACGGGAUGCGUGGACGGAAAGAUCCGCAUCUUCAACUUCCUGACGGGAGACUGCCUGGGGACCAUUGUGGUGGAGACCGAGACAACCGGUCGCAUGCUGUCGCUGCACUUCUGCGAGAACAACAUUUUAGUCAAUGCCACUUCCUGUGUGAAGCUCUACCAAUUUGCCAAAGUCUUCUGGGAUUACGACAAGCCGGCUUACGAGGAGAGUUCCGAUUUGGACGCCUCGCCACCUCCGAAACUGGACCUUCCCUCCACCUCUGCCAGGGCAAAUCACAUUACUACGGAACAAGUCACAGAGCACUGGAGAAAUCUGCUUCAGCCUUUGACGGCCGAUCCCAGCCAGCAAACACGUCUCGCGGAGCAGCCCGCCAGCCACCGCUCGGACAGCGGCCCGCCAUACUGCCACCGCCGCCGGCCCUUGACAUCUGUCCAGAACGCUCAGCAUCCUGUCAAUCAAAGUUUGACAAACAGACUUCCCCAUCUGGAGCGAGAUCGUGCGACUGGCCGGAAUACAAUGUAAAGGUUUGUUCUGUAGUUUAAAGUGGACAUACUGUGUCGUUGGAAAAUGUCUUUUUUCUUUUUAAAAAAAAGUUUGUAUCCAAAUAGGAAUGUCUGCCCAUCUAUCAAGUGUAGAAUUAAACAACUGAGUAAUUUAGUAGUUA